AUGAAUCUGGUAGCAGAACUGCUCUGUUUGUCGGCAUGCCUCACCACUCUGACUUGUGACCGCGUCUAUGUCCACCCUUUCAAUCUGUUUUCUUUCAAGAAGGGUACGUGUGAGGAGCUGGAAAACCAGGUUCCAGAGAGAAAGAAAACAUUUGUACCUGUCUCCAUUGAGUCCCAAACCACACCUUCCUAUGAAGAUGACCCGAACAAGGAGAAGCUGGAGGCCCAGAGACGGAGCGGCCAGGGGCAGCAGGCACUGAGCUACUUAAAAGAGUCUGUGCACUUCCUGGGCAUGCGGUUUUACAGCACACUGCGGGAAGCACGGCAGGGCCAAAACCUGCUCCUGUCCCCAACUAGCCUUUAUGGCUCCUUGGUGUCUUUCUACCUGGGUGCCUCAAACCAGACGGCAGCCAAUUUGCAAGGAUUGCUGGGGUUUGCUCCCCCCUCUGGAGACCCUGACUGCAUCUCCCGGGUGUUCGGGCAGGAAGUCUUUUCCAUGCUGAGGAUGAUUGAAAACCUGGUCAAGAGCAGGGAAGAGGAGCUGCAGUUUUCCAAGAUGCUCUGCGUGUUCUCUGCCCCUGGUGUGCCUCUAUCCCUACGGUUUGUGCAGGACUUGCUCCCUUCUGCUGAUGCUCUCUAUGCCCGAGCUGUUGACUUUACAAACCCAAGCGAGGCAGUAAAACAGGUAAACACCUUCAUGGAGGCCAAAAGCAAUGGCCAAAGCAAGUACUUACUGACAGACAUCGAUCCAUCUGCUGACCUGCUGUUUGCAGUGGAUGUCCGCUUGGCAGUGGAUGUUAAGCAAGCCUCCCGGCUCGAAGAGGCUCAGGAGUUCUGGGUGGAUUCAGAUACAAAGGUCAUGGUCCCUAUGCUGUCUUUCGUGGGGACAUUCAACUACAAAACUGAUGCCAGUGGGACUUUUUCUGUGAUUGAAGUGCCCAUCAGCAAGACCAUGCUGCUGGUGCUGCUGCAGCCCAUCAAUGACAGCGAUGUGGAGCUGCCAUUGCAGUCCUUGCCCUGGCUCCAGCAACUCUCUCCAAGAGAAAUUAAAUUAACACUGCCAGAGUUAACAAUAGAAGGCAGCUCUGAUCUACAGGAACUUCUUGACAAUAUGGAACUGCCUACACUGCUGGGGAAAGGAGCAGAUCUCAGUAGAAUAAGCGAUGCCAAUCUCACAGUUGGAAAGGUAAUAAAUAAAGCCUUUUUCAAACUGACCAGUGAUGGAACAGGUCAGCCAGAAGACCCCACAGCACAGAAGGAAGAUACGGUGUUCCUGGAUAUAACGCUGAACAAGCCAUUCCUUUUAGCUGUUUUUGAAGAGACGACAAGGGCAAUGCUUUUCCUUGGCAGAGUAACAAAUCCUCUGCAAGGGCUUUAAAGGCAAGCA